AUGGGUGAAUCUUCUGUCCACAAGCGCCGCUUCCCCGCCUUCAAACUAGCUGUCGACCAAGAGCCCAGCAGUUUCGCAACCAACCCAAACGCAUCCAAUGCUGAUUUCGAUCCCAUCCCGCCAUCCAACCGUACCUGGACCUGGAAGGCCUACGUCGCAUACUGGAUGGCUGAUGCUUGGGCUGUGUCUAACUGGGAAGUCGCAUCUUCGAUGAUUGCUGGCGGCCUCAGUUGGAGGAUGGCCAUCGGUGCUUGCGUUCUCGGAAACUUCAUCAUGGGUGCUGUUAUUACCAUGAACGGCAGGAUUGGAGCACAUCUCCAUGUCCCCUUCCCCAUCAUUGCGCGCGUAUCUUUCGGCUACUACUUCAGCUACUUCGUCGUUGUGUCCCGCUGCGCCCUUGCCAUCAUCUGGCUCGGGGUACAGACUGUUACCGGAGGCCAAUGCAUGGAAGUCCUGCUCACUGCCAUCUGGCCGAGCUACGCGAACAUCCCCAACAGCAUCUCCGCUGGUCAGGGUAUUGAUACCAAGGGCAUGGUUUCCUUCUUCCUCUACUUCCUGCUGCAAUUGCCCUUCUUGUGUAUCCCUUACACCAAAGUCCAGUACUUCUUUGGAUUCAAGUCAAUCAUUGCACCUAUUAUCUUCCUUGCCGUCUUUGGACACACUCUCCACAAGGCAGGCGGCACUAUUAGUAACAGCACAGUCAUCACUCAAGGACCCACCGUGAAAGGAUCAGUUCUGGCCUGGGCUUUCUUCUCCAACCUCAACUCGGUCUUGGGCAACUACUCUACUCUUGGUCUCAACAUUGCCGACUUUGCAAGAUAUGCCAACAACAAGAGCGCACAGAAUUGUCAAGCUUUCGUCAUCCCCUUCAUCUUCACCAUCGUUGGUCUUCUCGGUAUCUUUACCGCUGCUGCUUCAACUGUCGCAUAUCCUGAUGAAGUUGCCGCUGAGGGAACUCCUCUUUGGAAUCCGGUCACCAUCGUCGGCCUUUGGAGUGCCUCUGGCUCUCAUGCUGGACGUGCUGCUUCAGCCUUUGGAGCGAUCGGCUUAAUCAUUGUCACUCUUGGUAUCAACAUCUCGGCCAACUCAAUCAGUGCAGCCAACGAUCUUGUGUCCUUUUUCCCCAAGUACAUCAACAUCCGUCGUGGUCAGAUCUUGGCCGCGAUCAUCGGUGCUUGGGCAUGUGUGCCGUGGAAAAUCCUUGCUUCUGCUCAGAAGUUUUUGGCUUUCCUGAGUGGCUACACCAUCUUCCUCGGCCCCAUGACCGCUAUCAUCAUGGUGGACUACUACAUCACUCGCCGUGGCAAUGUAUCAGUACCAGACAUGUACAAUUUCGACGGCAUCUAUCGCUAUUCCCCGAAGUUCGCAACCAACUGGCGCUCGGUCGUCGCACUUUUUGUUGGAUUUGCACCUCCACUUCCUGGCUUUGCAGACAGCAUCGAUCAGGGCCAGCUCGGCAUAUCGCUCGCUGGUCAGCAUAUCUUCGCCAUCGGAUACCCUUACUCCUUUGCCGCUGCGGGUCUCUGUUAUUGGGCGCUGAUGCGAUUCAUCCCAGAGCAAGGAAGUAGGAUGGACCAUCAAGUCACGGGUGAAGAGAUCUUGAUCGCCAACGACGAGAGAAAAGGCAAGACCUGGCACAGAAACGAGAAGAAGGGAUUCUCGGUCAAGAGCUGGGUCUCGAAGCGCAGCGACAGUGAUUCGAGUGUAGCUUGA